AUGUACAGUUCUCCUCUUAGACCUGCUGAAACACCACAACAGAAGAGGAGUGUCAAGAUGAUCAUAUUAUGGGCGGCAUUGCUUUUUCUCCAUCAAGGCUAUUCUCUGGUUCCAGUGAAAACCGCUCACCUUGGUGAAGCAGCAACUUUAACAUGUGCUAGAACUACUAAAGAGCUCAGCAGUCGAGUCCAGUGGUACAAGCAGAGUGUCGGAGAUACUCUUAACUUAGUUGUUACAUUUUAUGGAACUACACAACCUGUUUAUACUCCAGAGUUUCCUGAAUCAAGAUUUGAGGCAAAAAUUGACAAACAUUUUGUCAACCUGACUAUUGUGAAGACAGUCCAAGAAGAUGAGGGCUACUAUCACUGUGAGCAAGGCAGUCGUGUUAGUAGUGAAUGGAGCGGGAUGUAUUUGUUAGUUAAAGGAAACACUCAGAGGUCAUCAAACUACAUCGUUGUCCAAAAGCAGAUGGAAUCAAAUCCAGUCUAUUCAGGAGACACAGCGACUCUCGAGUGUUCAGUCUUCUCUGAUUCUGAGAACGAGACGUGUCCAGGAGAUCAAAAUGUUUUCUGGUUCAGAGCGGGAUCUCAUCCAAACAUCAUCUACACUGACAGGAAAAGACAUGAAUAUGAGAACAGAUCUGACCCUCAGAAAAGAUGUGUUUAUGGCUUUUCUAAGAACGUCAGCUCCUCUGAUGCUGGGACUCACUACUGCGCUGUGGCCGCAUGUGGGGAGAUAAUAUCUGGAAAUGGAACUAAACUUAAUAUUCAAGGAGACACUCCGUCGUCACUGCCAGGAAGUACAAAUAAGGACACAUGGAUGUUUUCUGCUGUUGUCUUUACCAUGAUGGAAGCUGACAGAUGCGAAAUGAAAGAGUCAAAGGUGGUGGAGAAGCAUGAAAUCUACAGAGCUGUGAAGGCCUUUGGCCUUGAAUAG